GCCUGCCAGCCAUAUUUUACACGAGGGAAGCGAUUCGCCCACUCCCCAAACCACGACGACUAUAGUUAGCAAACGGUCAAGAAGAGAGAAGGUUAGCUGUCUUUACCUACCGAUAGGUGCUAUUAGGACACGCCAGACUUGUAGAACGAGCGCUAUUAAAUCCAAAAAACUUUUUCGUCUCCGACAGAAGCUCCCCGCGACUCUAGGUGGCACGCGAAUCUAAGCAGCCAGUCGAUCCGCAUACGAGCCGAAAACCCUCGGCUGUGGAACCUCCACCAGGAGCGGCCCUUACCUUUGCUUUCUGGACAAAGCAACUGGUGCUGAUUCAAGGCCGACCCCUUCGACAAAAUGUCUUUGAAGCAGGAAAUAGAGACGUGGGUAGCGGCCCUCGGCCGGUACGAUAACAAUGAAUUCGAGGAGGCGUUGAAGGAGUUCGAGAAUAUCUCAGAUACGUCGAAGAUUUUGUUUAACAUGGGUGUCAUCCAUGCAACUCUCGGUGAACAUGAGAGGGCUGUCGAGCUCUACCAGAAGGCUAUCCGUCUGGACCAGUACCUCGCCGUAGCAUACUUCCAGCAGGGUGUCUCGAACUUCCUACUGGGUGACUUUGAAGAAGCCUUGGCAAAUUUCAACGAUACGCUGUUGUAUCUGCGAGGCAACACGAUGAUCGACUACGCGCAAUUGGGUCUGCUGUUUAAGCUGUAUUCCUGCGAGGUGUUGUUCAACCGAGGUCUUUGCUACAUCUACUUGCAGCAGAAGGAGGCGGGCCUACAGGACCUAAACUACGCGGUGAAGGAAAAGGUUGUUGAGGAUCAUAACGUUAUCGACGAGGCCAUCAGGGAAGAAGCUGAGGGCUACACGGUGUUCUCCAUCCCCGUCGGGGUUGUCUAUCGUCCCAACGAGGCCAAGGUGCGGAACUUGAAGACCAAGGAUUAUCUAGGCAAGGCGCGCCUAGUCGCUGCUUCAGACAGGGCCAAUGCUUUCACGGGCUUCGCCGGAUCGGAGAUCAAGAAUGCGGGAAGGACCAACGAGAAGGACGACCGCCCGACCGACAAUAUCUCAUUUGCUGCCACAAACCUCGUCAAGCCUGGAUUGCAGAGUAGGAGACAGCAAUCGGAACCCCCCACUGGGCGUAACGCAUUCCCCCCGACGCCACCCCCCGAGAACGACAAGCCUGUUGGUGCGAUGAGUCGCGCCGCCUCAGUUCGCAACGGGCCCAAGCCGAUGCCGGCCAGGCUGAACAUCCCCGAGCCAUCGAAGAGCACCCGCUAUGAUAAGAUGAGCUCCCCGCAGAGCGAGCGCAAGGCGCCUUCGAGAGCCAUGUCCGAAGCGAGAUCUCCGCCUCAACGAGCCUACUCGAGGAGCGAGGGCAGGUCUCGACGUUCCAGGAAUGAGGAUGAAGGAUACCCCGACGAUGUCUACGAUAUGUAUAAUGGCGGGGGCAAGCCGCCAGGGCAGGGCCGACGAGCUCAGCAGAAGUACAUCGAGGAGGAAGAGGAGGGUAGUGACUACGAUUCCUUCGACGAAGGCGACUUCGAGAUGGUCUCGAACCGGCGCCCGGGGACAUCUUCCGUCUCUGGCUCGAUGCGAGGCGGGUCGAGGAGGCCUGAGGUUCGCAAGGUGCGCGUCAAGGUGCACUCGGAGGACGUUCGAUACAUCAUGGUCAGCACUACCGUGGAAUUCGCCGACCUGGUAGACCGAAUUCGCGACAAGUUCGCCCUGCGACAGCGCUUCAAGCUCAAGGUGCGGGACGAAGAUGCGCCGCAGUCGGAUAUGAUCACCAUGGGAGACCAGGACGAUCUCGACAUGGUGAUGAUGAGUGUGAAGUCUUUGGCACGGAAACAAAGACAGGAUAUUGGCAAGAUGGAAAUAUGGGUCCAAGAAGUCUAAGCUUUUUCUUUCCUUCGUGCGCAGCAACUACGAUUACCACGAUACCCAAGCAUUGCGAUCUCUGAGAAACUUCAUACGAUGUAAUGAAGAAGUCUGGCUGGCUUCGCUCCUCGUUUACUACUUAUUUCAUCCUAUCUCCCUUCCACGAAACAACUCCUAUUUAGCUCUAUACAUUCAUAUUCGCUCCUAGUUUCUUGCAUAUCCAUCGU